AUGAUUUUUUAUUACUCUUGUUUUUUUUAUGUUCAGUCAUUCCACUCUCGAUGUUUAAGAUGUUUUGACUGUGGAAAGGGACUGGACAGUGGCUCACUGAAAAGUCGAGAAUCAGCUAUUUACUGCCAAGGUAAAAUUUUAUGCUUUAGUCUAAAAUGCACUGUUUUACUACGUAUUAAUAGUUUUCCUCUAAACUUGUAUAAAUAGUAAAAAUUUGUAUGUAUAAGUACAUAUAAAAAAUAGUGUAUGUAUAUACGGUAUAUAUAUUUAUCACUUAUUUACUGAGACGAGGGAAGCAGUGUGUUUUGUGGACCCGAGACCGUCGAUGUUUCCCGAGGCGAAGCCGAGGGAAACAUCGACGGUCGAGGGUCCACAAAACACACUGCUUUCCCGAGGUCUCAGUAAAUAAGUGUUUUAUUAUAUAUCAAUAGUCAAAGAAACAACAAAUUAAAGAACAAAUGAACGUAAAUACAUGAAAUAUUUUAUCGUUAAAACGUUAAAUUAAACACUGGCUACACUGCAGUUACUUAAAGCGAAAGUUUUAAUUACGUACUAGGAAUGUCCAAAGGUCACAUCUUCUUCACGUGGUGGCGCACGUGAUUUUUUUUGUUAUUCGCCGGUCGAUAACGUAUUAUCUCCCUCUCGCGCUGUACGUUGCGAGGGAGACAGCCUAAUUUCGUCACUCUCACGUGAUAUGCUCUCAACCAAUAAAACACUAGAAAAAUGCGACUUUGACUAUUGAUAUAUAAUAAUAUAUAUUAUUUUAUUAUUAUAUAGAGAAUAAUACAUGGGUGCGCGGAAAUACCAGAUUUAUUUCGAGUGUUGAACACGAGAAAUAUAUCAAGCACCCAUGUAUUUUUCUGUUUAUUAUAUAAACAAAAUUGAAAAACAAUAAAAUAUCCGUGGCAAUGCGUUUUACAACAAGUUCUCUGAUUGGUCAAACAUAUUUCCUACGCGUUUUUUGAUUGGCUUGCAAAAAUGAUAUUUUCACACGUAAAAAAUAUCGUAUUUUUUACGUGUGUUUAAAUACGAUUUUUCUCCAUGGCCAAAAACUCUAUAACACUUACGUUUAUAUAAUAAAUUAUAAUAUUAUAUCUUGUUAUAUAAUAGAGAGUGAGAUACUGAAAAAUAUACAGUUUUCCAUAUCUUCACUAGUGAAGAUAUCGAUCACGUGACGUUUUCCAAUUUACUUUUGAGCGUGAAAUUUCACAAUCCUUUGCUUGGGACUAUUUGUGCUCGUGUUAAAAACACGAUUUUUUUGUGCUCGUGUUAAGAACAAUAUUUUACUAAUAAUAAUACUGUAAUAGAUAAUAAAUAAAUAUUAGUGAAUAGUGCAAGGAUAUUCACAGGGACGUAGGAUCCCCCCUCCCCCCCAUUUUUUUCAAAAGACCAAAUCUGUCCUUUUUGUACAUUCACAUCGAAGGUGCCAUUUUUGUUUGAACAUUUCGAUGUUUUAAAACAGAUUUGGUCGAAAACGUUUGUCGUUACAAUUCGGUAUGUUAUGAUCGGAAAAUUUUUCUUUCACCCCCGCCAACAUUUUCAGGAAAAUUUUUUAGGUGCUCUUUUCAGUAUACAAAAGUGCCGUGGAAGCCGGUGUCCCCCCCCCCCCCAAUCGUAUUCACAUCCACUUCGGUGAAUAAUUGUUGAAAAAUAUAUACAGCCAUUAGUUCAAAAAUCUAAAACCUUAAACAUUGAGCGCGCAAGGUAUGAUGGAUAUUGUUUAUUCGAAGCUUAUAAGAUUGGGCAUUAGCUUAGUCAUAGCCUAUCGAAGGGGAGAUGGCUGUGAAAGUCAUUAGAAUAACAAUAUAACUCAUUAUCUAUGUUGGUCAACGUUUAUUCAUAAAUCUGUUCCUUCGCCGUCAGGUGUGUAUUGUAUUUUUACCCAACUAACAAAUAGCAAUGUUUUAGGAAAGUCACCUAUCCGUGACUCGAACAAUAGGGAAACUAGAAAUUGCUAUUGGUGGAUUUGGUAAAAAUACAAUACACACGUGACAGUGUGUAGAUGGUUUGUCGCCUCUUUUUAAGGAAUGUCGCCUGUCGGUCAUAAACCCUUGGUGGGCCUCGUGAAACGCAUUAGAAUAACAAUAUAACUCAUUAUCUAUGUUAACGUUUAUUCAUAAAUAGGGUCCUUCACCGUCACGUGUGUGUUGUAUUUUUGCCAAAUACCAAUUUCCAAUCCAACUUACCCUAUAUUGUUCGAGUCACGGAUAGUUAACUUUCUUAAAUAGUUAAAACAUUGUUAUUGGUUAGUUGAGCAAAAAUACAAUACGCACGUGACGGUAAAGGACCAGAUUUCUGAAUAAACGUUGACUACAAUAGAUGAGUUAUAUUGUUAUUCUAAUGAGUUUCAUAGCCAUCUUCCCUUCGAUAAGCUUUGGUUUGGUGGAGCCUCGAGCUAGAAUUUCAAAGGUCGCGGGUUCGAAACCCAGCCGCGGCAGGCAGAAUAUAAUUUUGCGCUUGCGCGGUUUGGGUUCAUUAACUCGUCCGAGAAAAUUUCGUCCUGUAUACUUUUAGUAUAAUAGUCCAUUCCUGUAAAUUGUUUCUAGGUUGUUACGGCAAGAAGUUUGGACCAAAAGGUUAUGGCUUUGGAGGAGGAGCAGGCACACUCACGCAUACGGAAUGAACCGCCUUUUGUUUAAUAUCUAAAUUUAUGGAUACUUAUUAAAUGGGAAAAAUUAGAAAUAUAAUUAAAUGUUCAUCAGCAUCACGCAAACUCAAAUCCUUUCGAGGGUGAUGGCUAACAUAAUUUUGUAAUGUAUAUGUCGUUUGGGUUUAAUUGCGUUUCAUUUCGAGUCUGGAGCCCAAAAAUUUCUUGAAUACAAUUAAGAAAACAUUUUCCGUGCUUCUAUACAGUUGUAUAGAACCACGUGGGGGAGUUCCGGAGAACGAGAAAUGAUCAGGCAGUGGAAAAACGAGCCAGGGCCUUUUUCAGCAUAGAAGGCAAGGGGGGAGGGGGGCUUUGCCCCCAAUCCCCCUUGUGCCCCCUCCCCCUCCACGAGUCAAUAUUUGCCGCCUCUCCAGUCAAAAUCCAUUUUCUCUAAAAUAUAAGCAAAACAUUGGAGGGAGGAUUGAAUUUUGAUACUAGAGGCGAGGUUUGAUAUUCUAGUAACUGAAAUUUACUUUGUGAAUCUUAUGUCAUGUCCUUUAUCAUCAAAUGAUUCAAUAUCUUUUUAAAAAUGCUAAACAUUGUGUUGUAAAUACCUUAGAUUUUAAACAUUUUCCAGUGUAUCCGCAUAUCCCAGACCCUAUAGAUUUGACUUGUUAGAAGGCUAGGUUAAACAAAUUAGCGAGUGACCGAGUUUUGGUAUUUAAAUAAACAUACCAUGAACUGAAGAAUCAGUCUAUUUACAGUAUAAUGCAACGCUGUAUAUCCAAAAAUCUGUUUCAGAAAAUGCACGAAAUGCAGUCCUAGGGGUGGAAAACUACAGACCCUCCUACUAUUACAUACGACAUUUUUUCACCAAC